CCGCUGGUAUGUACACACAUGCGUCGCACCGCACACCAGAGACACCCACACCCACAACCACACUCGCACCCCACCCCUUUACUCAGCCCCGCUCUGCUCUCGUCCGCCUUUUACACCACCCGGCUUUGUCUGUCUAUCUGUCUGUCUGUCUGUCUGUCUGUCUGUCGGACGCCCUAGCUACGCCCACUUGUUCCGCUCGACAAAGUGCACGAGCGCUGGAUCGUCCACUGACACCGGUGGCAGAUACUCACCCUUGUAACGCCGAUGCCACCAGUCACCUGUCAUACACAGCACACAGAGCUCAGACAGAUCCUUUGCAGACUGAUAUAUGCGUCUUGGUGCGUGUGUGUCACCAGCGUAGCGUACCUUUGCCGAACCAUCCGGUCUCUUUGGGUUUGGUGUACCGGUAUUUGUAGUGUGAGGCCCUCACGAAGGUGGGCGGUUGGUCGGGGAAGGGGUUGUGCGCCAUCAGGCGGAGGACCGCUUUUUCGUUCUUCAGCAGCUUGUAUCCGAGGUGCACCAGCCAGGGGUGCUGUUUGUAAGAUGAAAAGGCCGCAAACCACUGCAGGGGCGACGCCAGACAGACAACAGGACAGUUCAGGUGCCUUGGGUGUGGGUAUGGGUGUGGGUAUGGGCGUGGGUGUCAAGUGACAUACCAUCAGCCAGUCCAGUCUGUAGUGGUAGGGCGAAAUGAUGCAUGGCCGACGAUCGACCCUGCCCGGCUUGCAUAUGAAGCCAUACUCCUGCCACACGGCCUCAGGGUCAUCCUGCCACGCACCAGGCACACACACACACACAAAGGCAGUUGAUGGCUGGCUGUCGGUGUGUGUGUGCACCGGUCGAUGCCCCCUGACUUGACUUGGCUUCACUUGACGUGCAUACCGGUCGUGUGGCGUUGGUGCCCUCAAAGAUCACCUCUGUGCGCUGUUUCGUGACGGAGCCGAAUGCCCCGUAGGUGUUGACAAGCCUGAACCGAUCGAAACUCGUGUUCAUCAUCUGCACGAAACGCGCAGGCCACGAACCACACAGCAGCAGACCCAGGGUGAGCGCCUUGUGCGUGCCGGCUCUCUCUCCCUCCCUCCCUCCCUCCCUGGAUCCAUCCCUCCGUCGCCUACUUGUCGAGACGAUAUGAGGUUCUGCACGACCGGUCUAGAAAGCUUGAAGAGCAGCACAAACACGCCCACCUCCACACACGUCCGCAGCACGCUCACCGCCACCAGCCAGACAGCAGCGCCGGGCCUCCUCUUCUCCCCCGCUCUCCCCUUCACAGCCCUCCCUCCCCCCUGCUGCUGCUGCUGCUCACGAGACUUUCUCUGCUUGUCAGUUGUGGUUUUCUUGGCAUCUGCCUCUGGGGGCGUCUCGUGCGCCCCACCGUUAGUGCUGUCCUCUCUCCCGGCCGCAGUGGUGCGCCUGCGCUGCCGCAGCUGGCCAGUGGGGGUGACUGAGAAUGCCGUUGGGUCGCUUGCAGGGCCAGGAGGAUGCUCGUCGCCUGAGGCGUGUGUCGAGUGGGUGUGGCUGGACUUGGCCGAUGGCAUGGCGGGGAGGGGCGGUGGCGGUGGCGGCGACUUGCCUGAUGUGAGCUGGCGCACUCGGUCCACUGUGGCCUUGGGGAAGAGGAAACUGCCAUCUCACAGUCAUCCAUCCAUCCAUCCAUUGGGGUAUGUGAUGUGUGGGGGCGUCUGCGUCGUGGCAGGUGCCGCACCUGAGUGAGAGGUCGUCGAAGCAGAAGAUUGCAGGCAGGAUCGUCAGCCAGUUAAGGAAUGAGAGGUUGCCGGACACAAUGAGCAUCAUCUGGAAGAGAAUCUGACACACCACACGGCAAUACACACAGAUAGACUGUCGUCCUCCCUCCCUCUCUCCCUCCCUCUCUCCCUCUCCCUCUCCCUCCACCCACGUACUCACCUGGACGGCCCCGCCAAGGAGUCGGCACUGUCGGAGUGGAAUGAGCAGGUUGAAGGACAGGCAGCACUCCACGAUGUGGUUGACCAACGUCUCAGCCCAGUGGAACUCCUGCGGAUUGUGGUGCAGAUACCUGCAGGCAGAACAGAACACGACAGGCCACCCACACCACACCCACGAAUACGUUAUGUUUCGCAUACAUAAAGUCGAGGCGUCCGUCGAGCAAUGGACGAACGUACCACGAAACGGGGUUUGGGACGGGCUGCGUCUGAUUGAUGGUGAUGGUGGGCCGGGUUAGUUGUCGACAUCGAUCAGAUCGAUGGACACACACACCAGGGAGGAAUGGAGUGCAAGGCAGUGGCUGGCAUGGCGCACAUACAUCUGACCUGCCUUAGCCUCUCACCUGGUAGUGGUACCUGCACGCAGACACACACACACACACACACAUCCAUCCAUCCAUCAUUACAGGGUGUCACUGAUACCUACUCCAUACAGGUCAGGUCGCGCCAGCACGGGUCCCCCCUAAUGUGAAUCAAGCCACACAAUCCAUCCCGUCAACCGAGUGAUGACUGACUGACCCGCAGAACACCCACAUACACACAGACAGGUACCUGAGCUUGAUCAGGCCGGCCCCCAACAUAAUACGAAAGAUGAGCCAUCUGCAGAUCAGCGCAGCCACACAUGGGUACCCGGGGUGCUCACGUACGAUGCAUCUCUCACGUGAACGAACAGUUAUGUAACGGUGCCUAGAUUAAUCACUCUCACCUGUAUCCCCAUAUGCACACGAGCGGCGUCGGCCAGCUGCUCGGCAGUCUCGUGAAGCCCCAUGCCAGGGGGCACAGAAAGACUGCAUAAACGGGCAGACAGACAGACAGACAGACAGGCCGACGCUCCCUUCUGGAGUGACUGACGGCCACCUCAUCUCACCAACCCAUCCCCGCUCACUUGCGAGGAAUCCCGACUCGAGCAAUUGCGAUUCCCAUCCAAAGGAAUACCAUCGCUGGCCGACGUUGACGAUAGAAUGAUACAGUCCCCACAGCGCCGCCAUCAGCCAGCACGGGCCGCCACCCACAACCACCAGCACCACCGACAAAGCCACGCCAGCCCAUGCCACCAAUGCCAAAUUGAGGCUCGAACACUCAAUGAACAGAAAGAUGGACGGCACCUCGGCUACCCGCUGGUACCAAGGGAGCCCCUCCAGCUGCUGCUUCACUUGGCUCAUGUAGGUGCGUGCCGGCAGCAGACCGGAGGGCCCGAUGAGGCCGUCGUUCUGAAGGGCCGCGACGAGGAAGGCGACGCAGUAGAUGAAGCCGAUGAACCGCAGGAAGACGAUUCUUGUCAGCCAGAAGGAGCCACGCAGCUCAGACUGGGGCGCCAGCGCCCUGAGGCCAUCGAUGAUGGGCGACAUACGCCGCUGCGCUGUGUUUCGAGAACUCAUUCCCCGUCAGACGUCGACGGUGAUGGAUGGAUGGAUGGAUGGAUGGAUGGAGCGCGAGUCAGAUCUGACUUCAAGAACUCACAAGCGCCAACCCAGAUCUCACUCGAAGACGGCUCUCCUCUCGCGAAUCAAAGGCUAUUCCAUAUAGCUGCUUGUUCUGUGCGCCGCCUUCAUCCCGACGAGGAGCGCCGCGGCACCAUCCCUCCUUCUC